AGCCCUUUAACGAAGACCGAUUGGGGUCCGCCCACCUUUUUCAUUUUUCAAUGAAAUUUCUUCGCUUUGCAAAAAACAUUUCUGAUGCACACUGAAUUCUGUUUUAUUUUUGCCGAUCAAUUUGUCAUCUCUCUCUACUCUAGGUUUGAAGACCCUUCCCGUCAAUGGAAAACAACGGCCAAGCAGCCGGUGAUUGUGCUGCUGGUUGGAAACUUUCAAUUACUAGCUCGAUCGCACACGGCAAAACGAAUUCCUUAUGUUUAUAGAUUCAAUUGGUGCAGGGCUUUUGUUGCAUAUUCAUUCAUCUCAAUCCUCGAAGCCGUGAUUUUUCUCACUAGCGGUCCUCCUCCAAAACCAUGGGAAAGAGCAGGAUCUUCUUCUGGUCCUGCACCGUUUAGGCCACCCUCUGCUGGAAAUACGAGUGAAGUCGUAGAAGCUUCUGGGACAGCUCAACCUGGUGAAGUUGUUUCGACUACCAAUAUAAAUGUUAAUAGAAAUACAGUUAAUUCAGUUGGCCGGCCCGUCCCUGCCAGGCCUUGGGAGCAGCAACAGACGUACGGGAGCACUUAUGGAGGUUAUGGUACGGGUGUAAACUAUAACUCUGGAUAUGGAGGUGGGAUGUACGGUUCUUCGUAUGGGGGAUUUGGAGGGGGUGUGGGUGUUGGUGGUGGGAUGUACAGGAAUAGCAUGUAUAGAGGUGGUUACAGCGGACUUUAUGGGGGUGGUAGCAUGUAUGGAGGAGGAAUGUAUGGUGGCGGUUUGGGAGGUCCUAUGGGGGGCUAUGGAAUGGGCAUGGGGGGGCCUUAUGGUGAACAGGAUCCAAACAAUCCGUAUGGACCACCUUCUCAACCACCAGGCUUCUGGAUUUCGCUAAUGCGGGUGAUGUCAGGAGUAGUUAAUUUCUUUGGGAGGGUGGCAAUCUUGAUCGACCAGAAUACUCAGGCUUUCCAUAUGUUCAUGUCCGCCCUUCUUCAGCUCUUUGAUAGGUCCGGAAUGCUAUAUGGAGAGCUAGCAAGGUUUGUUCUUAGAAUGUUAGGAGUCCGAACAAAGUCCAAGAGAGUUCAUCCACCAGGCGCUGAAAGCCUACCCGGACCUCACAAUAUGCCAGGAAACCAGAACUACAUCGAGGGUCCCAAGGCUGCUCCAAGCGGUGGUUGGGAUAGCGUGUGGGGGUGAUGAUAGGUAAUGCAUCAAUACAUAUAUGAGAUUUUUGGUUCUAAAUCUGCACUGAAGAUGCAAUGCGUAAGAAAGAGGAUGCUGUUUCCUCGGAAAAAUACCGGUUCUCAGCAAAAUUACAAUCCCCUUGUGAUAGCUCCUCCUAUCCUUUUUUCAUAAUCUGGCUCCACAGUUGUAAAACAUUAAAAAAGCAAAUACUGUUGUGUUUGAAUUACGCUAGCAUAUAGUUGAAUGUGUUAUUUCACUUGUAAAAGUUGAAAAUUUUGUUGUAACUAUUGACCCUCGAUGGGCUAUUUUAUGAAAUUUGAUAUAGUUUUUGAUAA